AUGUCGGUGCCGCUGCUCAAGAUCGGGGUUGUGCUGAGCACCAUGGCCAUGAUCACCAACUGGAUGUCCCAGACGCUGCCCUCACUGGUGGGCCUCAACACCACCAAGCUCUCUGCGGCCAGCGGCGGGACGCUCGACCGCAGCACCGGCGUGUUGCCCACCAACCCCGAGGAGAGCUGGCAGGUGUACAGCUCCGCCCAGGACAGCGAGGGCAGGUGCAUCUGCACAGUGGUCGCCCCCCAGCAGACCAUGUGUUCACGGGAUGCCCGCACGAAACAGCUCAGGCAGCUACUGGAGAAGGUGCAAAACAUGUCUCAAUCCAUAGAGGUCCUGGACAGGCGGACCCAGAGGGACUUGCAGUAUGUGGAGAAGAUGGAGAACCAAAUGAAGGGACUGGAGUCCAAGUUCAAGCAGGUGGAGGAGAGCCAUAAGCAACACCUGGCCAGGCAGUUCAAGGGCUAACUUAAAAGCGUUUUUUCAGUGCCGCAGUGACUGAAGAUGCAGUCCACUCCCAUGUAACCAUGAAAGAGGGUCAGAGAGCUUUUGCACCAUGCAUUUUUACUAUUAUUUCCCAAUACUUAGCACCAUGACACUAAGGAACCUUGAACACAACCAGGACCCUCUUUUGCAUGCGACUGUAGCUGCAUUCCACGGACAGUUUGAACCCUUGUCAAUGCAUUUUUUGAAAAAGAAAAAAAAAAAAAGAAACUUUGUGUGUGUGACUAAAAGCAUGUAACCUUAAGAUGUUGCGUUCUAAACUGACAAUAAAGACCUUUCCCAAA